AGUACCAAACAGACCUUUGAGAACACGCAUCCGUUCAUCAUCAGGCAGGUCAUCCUUUCAGUGGAGACCAUCCCAGUCUGCAAACUCAAGCCCACGUAGAUACCCAGGUUACCUUCAUGGAUAUGGGGAAAGCAGCAGAAAAAUGAGUUUUAAAUUACUGCCCAAAGAAGAAAGAGCCCAUUAUAUUAAAAAAAUAGCAUCUGAAUCCGUAUAUCUGGUUUCACCACAUUCAAGGAAUUUCCAAAGGCGGAGUCAACCGGUGCGUCAGGCUGCAUUAACCAAGAGGAAAGUCACAGAGGAAGAUGAACUGGAAGAAACAAAAGACAUUGCUAUUCGGGUCAUGUCCUCUCACUCAGUACUGGUCACUUGGACAGAUCCCUUCAGUGAAAAGCAGAAAAAACCCAUCCCCUCUAGGCAGUUUACUGUCCGUUACAGAGAGAAAGGGGAAUCAGCAAGGUGGGAUUACAAACAAGUAUCCAACAGGCGGGUCUUGGUGGAUAAACUAAUUCCAGACACCAUGUAUGAAUUUGCAGUUAAAAUUUCACAAGGAGAAAGGGAGGGCAAAUGGAGUACUUCAGUUUACCAAAGAACCCCAGAAACUGCUCCCACUAGUGCCCCAGAAAACCUCAAUGUUUGGCCAAUUAAAGGCAAUACCCCUUCGGUUGUGGCUACCUGGGAUGCCCUUGCAGAAAGUGAAGGAAGAGUGAAAGAAUACAUUCUUUCAUACGCCCCGGCACUCAAACCCUUCGGCGCAAAGUCCAUUUCCUACCCGGGAGACACUACAUCUGCUGCAGUGGAGGGUCUGCAACCUGGGGAGCGCUAUAUUUUCAAAAUUCGUGCCGCAAACAGGAGAGGCCAAGGCCCUCAGUCAAAAGCCUUCAGCGUCGCCAUGCCAGCAAAUAAACUGAAGAUGAAUCAACAAACAAAUACUGAAGAUGAUUUGUCUGUGAAAAUUAUGCCUUCUUCCCCUUUUCUAACUUCUGCCUUGUCUCAAAAUGCUUCACCAUCCUCUUCUUCUAAGCAUUUUUCUAGUCAUCCAGUUAGUUUUCCUGAUGAGAGAGAUUCAAAAAAUCCAGUUUCUGAUCUGAACAAUAAAGUCCUAGGUGGUAAUAGAGUAUCUCCCAAAACUACUUUAUCUUCAAAAAAAGAAGCAGAACUGAAAAUGGCUUCUCAUUCUACAGAAGACAUAGUUGAUUCUGUCAAGGAGACAUCAACAAUGCAACCCAAAGUUCAGAAUGUUAAAGGAAGUGUUAAGUCCCAUUCCCCUAUUAAACCUGCACACACUUUCACAUCCUCAGGUAAAGCACCUCUUAGGACACGCACCCCAGUAAGAGUAGGGCAAACAAAUACUGAUAAGCAUAGAUCAUUACCAUCUUCUUCCUCACUAUCUUCCCUUCCCAAAGAUACAGACAAUGAAACAAAGAAUCUAAAACAGGACAGACCUAACUUUUCUCCUGUCCCCAAAGCUACUUUAGAUGAUUUGCCUGUUGAUAAUGAAAGUAACGAUCAAGUAGACAGUCUGGAGGACAAGCCAACAAUGUUUCCUAGAACUCCAGAAGAGAGUCAUUCAGUUUUGCUUUCAAAUAAGCAACUGUCUUCAUCUCAGAAGACAAGUCUUAGUAGAUCCACCAAAUUGCGUGUCCCUUCUAUAUCAGUUAAAUCUCCUUCACCAACUGUAGCUAUAAAGUCUCAAAAUCAUUCACAACACCUCUCUUACAAACUAAUUACACCUGACACCAGUGAUACUCUUGACAGUGAUAAGAGCAGAGGAACAGAAAAAAGAGGGCAGAAGCUAAGUUCCAGGACUUCUCCUCAGGGCGGUUCAUCUCCAUCUGUGCAAACAAAGCCUCUCACACAUUCUAAUCGCCAUGCAUUGAGAGAUCCAAGAAUAACUACCUCUGCUGUUUCUGCUGCUGCUACCCACACUUUACCUCAUUUACAUGUUUUAUCUUCUGAUAAACAUAAGUCCAAAGGAAGAGAUAAUUCUGAUGAUAGUGGAAAUGAAAAGAGUGAAAGAGAAGGUGAUGAAGAGGACAAACAAGGGUCAACAUCUUCUAGACCAAAGUUUAGGCCCUCUUCAAGCCUGGCUAUGUCAGAACGCUUUGAUUUGUUAAAAUAUAGAUCAGUUAUUACUUCUAACAGAUUUGCAAAUAGAGCUACCAAUAAUUAUGAUGCAAGAAUGCAACCAUCUAAAGAUCCUUCCACUGCACAGUCUUCCAAAGUUCAUCCGCAGUUUAGUUCCCGUUUAGCAUCUGGCAGUACUAGUCUUAGGUCUAAUUUCAAUACUGAUAAAAAACAGGAGGGUAAAAAUGACAGUCCUCUACCAUCCACUCCGCCCCAUAGUUAUUCACCAUUUUCUAAGCAGUCUUCAGUAGAUGAUUUCAAAAGGAGGAGUCCUAUGCCUGAAACUAAGAGUCACCACAGAGUUAUACCCACUAACAAACCUAACCUUGCAAACACACAAGAAAAUAACCAUAAUAAAGAAAGAGAAACUGCAGUUACAGAUUUGUCAAGAAUAUCUGCAGAAAAAUCAUUUCCUCUGCGUUUUCCUGCUUCCCGGUCUCAACUUGAUGAUCUCAAGAUUAAGGUUACAUCUCCUAGGACAAAACAAACAUCAUCUUUGUCAAAGAAACCAAAUACUGCUUUAUCCCGUAAAAUUGUACAACCAGAAUUCAGCCGUUCCUCAAAAGCAUCAACUGAUCGGGCACAACUUCGACUCUCCUUAAACUCAAGAAGUGAUCUGAUCUCCCUUCCAAAGAAUGACAAAGAAGUUACUGAUAAUGACAGUUCAGAAAACAAAGAAACAAAUGAUAAAGAGGAACAGAGGGGGUCUCCUUCAGCACCUGCCAAAGAAGUUCUCAUCUCUAGAAGAAUAUCUACAUCUUUGUCUCAGGGAAGAACCAGCUCUCUUUCAAAGCAUUCUGAUUCUCAGUUUGAUAAAACUGAUGAAAGAUCUCCAACUCAGCUGUUACCAGGAAAACAAGCUGGGUCAAAAGUUGUUACUUCUACUGAAGUUACCUCUGAUGUAUAUAAAUUGCCUUCUUCUUCCCACCAAUCUAAACGUGUACAGCCAAUAUCUACCUCUCCAAAAGACACAAUCAAAGACUAUCAAUACAAUAGAGAAACUUCUCCGAAGCAGACACACCUUUCAGUGCCCCGUUAUACAUCUGGUUCCAGAAUUCCCAGUCGGAUAGCAUCCCAAAUAAACAAAAAGCAUGGACUUUUCCAGCCAGCCCCUACAAAGGUUGAACUAUCUCCAAAACUGCCUUCCUCUAAAAUACAUCAGUCAGUUUCAAAUAGUGAUGAUGAUUAUGAAGAUUAUGACCUAUCAGAUGUAGAGAAAGAUCCCACUUUGUCUUCAGCAGCCAAGACUUCCCAAAUCCCUAACAAACUGAAAUCCUUGCCUAAACUAAACUUGGCUUUGCCACACAUAUCUGAAUCUGCUUCUGUAUCUUCUCAUAGUCACUUGACUCCUACUGUUUUUCCAACACAUUCAUCAACUUCUCCUUCAGUGCCCCCCAUUCAACGAAUACAGAACUCAAGAUUAUUAAAUCCUGUUCAACAACAGCAACUUCGAUUUCCUCAUAGACAAGGUAAUGGUGGAAGACCCAAUCUGACGACAAAAACAGAUCUAAAUAAUAAAAUAGCUCCCAAUAAUAAUGGAAAACGAAAUGGACAAAAAAUAAUAAAUGGUCCACAAGGAAUAAAGUGGAUUGUGGACCUCGACCGAGGGCUGGUGCUGAAUGCCGAAGGCAGGUAUCUCCAAGAUUCCCAAGGAAAACCUCUCAGAAUAAAACUAGGCGGAGAUGGCCGCACUGUCGUUGAUUCUAAAGGAGCUCCAGUAGUAAGUCCAGAAGGCUUACCUUUGUUUGGACAUGGAAGAUUUAGCAAACCUGUAGCAAAUGCACAGGAUAAACCAAUAAUAAGUCUUGGAGGUAAGCCAUUGAUAGGCCUUGAAAUGGUUAAAAAAACAACCGCUCCUACAACAACAACAACAACAACAACAACUACAACUACUCCUGAACCUACAACUACUCCUGAACCUACAACUACUGAGCCACCAACAGAGAAACCAUUGGCUACCUGUCCUCCAGGCACCUACACAGAGAAUGAUGAAGAAGGGAAUCUUGUAUUAGGCCGGGAUGGUCUACCUGAAUGCCAUUCUGAAGAUAUAUUCUCAGGGCUUGAUGCAGAUAUAACGGGAACUACAGAAUCAUAUGUGGUUUAUGAUGAAGAUUAUGAGUUUUUUGAAAGUACUUUGCCUCCAUUUACCACCACCAUCGCCACCACCUCCACCACCACGACUGAAGCACUCCCUGAAACCAGCUUUCCAGAGUUUAGUGUCACAGGCACAGAUCCUUUAUCAGAAUAUGAUUCGGCUGGAAAGAAACGAUUUACUGCUCCUUAUGUGACUUAUCUAAAUAAAGACCCGGCAGCUCCAUGUUCGUUGACGGAGGCACUAGAUCACUUCCAAGUAGAAAGCCUGGAAGAAAUCAUUCCCAAGAACUUAAAUACAGAGAUGCAACCUCAGAAGGCUCCUUACAACAUCACCAUAGUAGCUGUGGAAGGCUGCCAUUCUUUUGUGAUCGUUGACUGGGCUGCACCUAUCCAUGGGGACCUGGUCACAGGUUAUUUAGUUUACAGUGCAUCCUAUGAAGAUGUCAUCAGGAACAAAUGGACAACCAAGAGUGCAGGAAGCACUAAGUUGCCCAUUGAAAACUUGAAGCCAAAUACAAGGUAUUACUUUAAAGUCCAAGCAACGAAUCCUUAUGGUUACGGUCCUAUAAGUUCAUCCAUCUCCUAUGUCACUGAAUCUGAUAAUCCUCUUCUUAUUGUCAGACCACCAGGUGGUGAACCCAUCUGGAUCCCAUUCACUUUUAAAUAUGAUCCCACGUACUCAGAAUGCAGCGGCAAGCAAUAUGUAAAACGGACGUGGUACAGGAAAUUUGUAGGUGUUGUUCUUUGUAAUUCAUUGAGAUACAAGAUUUACCUCAGUGAUGAUCUGAGAGAUACAUUUUACAGCAUUGGGGAUAGCUGGGGAAGAGGUGAAGAUCACUGUCAGUUUGUAGAUUCACACUUGGAUGGACGAACAGGACCACAGUCCUAUGUGGAAGCUCUGCCUCCUAUUCAAGGUUAUUAUCGCCAGUAUCGACAAGAGCCUGUAUCAUUUGGACGCAUUGGAUAUAUGACACCCUAUUACUAUGUGGGCUGGUAUGAGUGUGGUGUACCAAUUCCAGGGAAGUGGUAGCUGUGCCACCGUCUUCUGCAGAUCUUAACCACAACUUUUAAAUAACUGCCAUUGAAGGACGUGGAGCAGCUGGUUUUGGGAAUGAAAGAAAACAGAAAUCCCGCAAAGGAAGAAACUAGAGAAGCUCACUGGAACUCAGUGCUUUUGUUAUCCUAAGUCUAUGGUGCUGCUUGGUUAUUCUGCUUCAGGACAUGUACAGGAUGAAUUUUGGGUUGUCCUGCCAUCUCCUUGGUUUUGAUAGGCCUGGAAAUGUAACUGAAAUGAGCACUUAUCUAUGCUCAGUGAAGCCUAAUAUAUUUGAUUAACCACACAGAAAAAUGGAAUUGUGAUAUAUCUUGCAAGAAAACGACUUAAGCAUGCUGUGCUUGCAUUAUGGAAUGUUAACCACUUUCCACUGCUAUUAAUAGAAUUCUUUGUUGUUAUCAGCUGGUGGUUGUGAGCUUCAGAAUGUUGCCUCACAGCCGCACUAUGUUGCAAAACAGCCAUGAAAACCAAAUGGAAGUGUUGCUCAAAGCUUCUUCCGGGGGUUUGCACAUUGCUGAACAAAAUACCAGGUCACUCUAUAAAUUCAGCUGACACAAACAAUGAACAACCAGCACUGUAUGGUUGCAGAAAUACUUUUUAAAACUGAGAUUUUUUUUAAAAAAAGAAUUUGGAUAAAUAUGUUUAUGGGUUGAUGUUUAUGUAAAAGGUGCUAUUCAUAACAAGUCUUCUAAAAAAAAUAUUCUGUGAAAAAUAUACUAUGCACAAUACAUUAAUCAUAUAAUGA